AUGGAGGACUUGAGUUUCAAUCAAGCGAUAGAUCGCUUGGUGAAAUGGUAUCAAGUCAUGCGGGUGGAGUUAUUGGAGGAAGAUGAACUUGAGCAAGAGCUCAAAUGUCGCGACGUGAUAUUAUCAGGUUUGGAUUUAUCUCGGAAAAGGAAAUGUUUGCGAGAUGCCUUAAAAAGGGAGAAAGAAUCCGGUUUAAAGUUAAGUGCCUUAAGCCUAAGAACAGAUCCCGAGAAUGAGCGGGAACUUUGCCUUGUUAAAUUUAAACAAAUUAAAACACUGUUGAAAUCUAGCAGUACGGACGAAUCACAGAAAAGGAUUUGCUUAGCCCGUCUAGCCCAUGUGGGUACACGAGUGGCUACCCUUCUGUGUUCGUCGCGUGGUUCACCUAAUCUCCUAACGCAGAUGCAAAAUAUGUUGGUUGAGUUAGUCCAACUCUUGCAAUCUGCCUACGAUCCAUCGGGUAUCGCGACGCAGGAAAUCGUGGUCCAAAAUCCAUCGCAGGCUAUCACUGAGGCAAACACCAACACGGAGGUCGAGCUUCCAUCACCCUCUGUUCUGGGCCAGGACGACCUAGAUUGGAUCCACAGCUUGCAGGCGAGGAUAGUUGGCCUAGAAGAAGAAUUGGCAAAACGGAAAGAAGGAAGAGAAGUUGAGACUCAAACGGAACAAGAAGUGUUCAAUGACAACCAAAUUCCUGGUCAAACAACUGUCCAAAUCCGAACCCUUCUCAGCCUCAGCUCCCAUAUAACGCGUUUCCAGGCCAGUACCAGGGACCAUCCGGUCAACCUCAAGGACAUUGGGGAUCACCUUACGGGAAUCCCGGUAUCCAAAUGGAAUAUUGCAAAGUACAGCGGAGAUGAUCAAGGGUUGAAACUGAAUGAAUUCCUGGAAGUCGUUCACGCUCUGUCCAUGGCUGAAAGGGUGUCCGAUCAGGAGCUUUUUGAAUCGGCUGUACAUUUGUUUUCUGGAUCUGCCCUUAAAUGGUAUAUGACACAGCGAUCUAUGGGCCGGCUUGUCAGUUGGCAGCAUUUAGUUUUCGAGCUCCGCAGAACGUACAUGCACCCAGACUUGGACGCUCUCAUCAAAAUGAAAGUGUACCAAAGGCGUCAACGGCAGCAGGAGUCCUUUCACGAAUUCUACAGCGAGGUAGAGAAGCUGAUCCGCACGAUGAGCGUCCCUAUACCCGAAUUCGAGAAAAUUCAAAUCCUUCAGCAAAACAUGAGGAUGGACUACAAGAAGUUCAUGGCUUUCAUUCCCAUCUUGAACUUAGAAUCCUUACUCUCAGCGGGUCAGAAGCUUGAUGCGCUUAAUUUUUCUGCGUAUAGCAAGGUGUUCGGCUCUGAUAAGGUGGUUCACGUGAUCGAAGACGAAGAUCUGGAGCAGCCGAGGUCGAACAAAAGCAAGAAGCAGGCACCAAGCUCUGAUUUCGUCGUACCGGUUCAACAACAUCCAAGGAAUAAUUCAGCGGGUCCUAAAGCGAAUGUUGUUCCGAAGAACCAGAACCAGUUCGCGCAAAAUAUACCUGGCCCGUCACGGCAAAUAGCCAGUAAGCCUACAGCAGUCGGGGAACCAUCUGGCAGUCAGUCGCAACCUCAACUCACGUUAGAGAUGGUGGUAAACAACCACAAGCCUCCUCCAUCAAAUCGUUGCUACAACUGCAAUCGGGAGGGACAUCAUGCAGCAAUUUGCCGUCAACCACCAAUCAUCGUUUGCUUCAAAUGCGGGCUUCGUGGAUUUCCGACUGCUAUGUAUACUGAAAUCUGUCACAUUUCGUAUCCAUUUCAUAAUGAUCACCGUCCAUUCGUGGAUAUUCGCAUCCACGAUAUUCCCGUUUGUGCCCUUUUAGACAGUGGCAGUAAUUACACCUUGAUCAAUCAGAAUGUUUUUCGCAAGUCCAGACACGAGAAAUUGAAUCCAUUGACCAAAUCGCUGGAUCUUCGUUCAGCAAGUGGUGAUUCGAUGGAAAUAUUAGGCCAGGCCUUUCUGCCCAUCCAGUUUGAUGGACGAACUAAAGUCAUCACCACUCUGGUGGUGGCUAAUUUGUCCAUCGACUGCAUUUGUGGGAUGGACUUUUGGACCAAAUUUCAGAUCGUUCCCACUAUGUUGUCUGGAGAUUCCGUGAAUGCAGCGUUCUUGGAAAAGGCGUCUUCGUCCGCCGAAUGUUUGUCGCUAGAAGAAGAAAGAGAAUUGGAGGAAAUUAAAAAGAGUUUCUUAGCAGCUGGUCAAGGCAAACUCACCAUUACUCCUAUGGCCACUCAUCGGAUCGUCUUGAAGGAGGAAUACAGAGGCAAGCCACCAGUUCGUCAAUUCCCAUAUGUGAUGUCUCCGAAAACCCAGGCGUUGGUAGCUGUCGAGCUGGAACGGUUGCUCGAGGCUGGCAUCAUUGAGCGUAGCGAGUCCGACUGGUCGUUGAAUUGCGUGCCGGUCAUUAAACCCAACAAGGUUCGGCUUUGUUUAGACGCGCGGAAGAUCAACGAAAGAACUGUACGUGAUGCUUACCCUCUACCCCAUCCUGGAAGAAUAUUAGGUCAGUUACCAAAGGCAAAAUAUUUGUCUACAAUAGACCUGUCCGAAGCGUUUUUACAGGUUCCCUUAGAAAAAGAGUCCCGAAGGUACACAGCUUUUAGCGUGCAGGGUAAAGGGUUGUUCCAGUAUACCCGGAUGUGUUUCGGAUUGGUCAACAGUCCUGCGUCAUUGGCCAAAAUCAUGGACUCCGUACUGGGUCAUGGUAUACUGGAACCGAAUGUUUUUGUAUACCUCGACGACAUCGUCGUGGUUACAGAAACAUUCGAGCAUCAUGUGCAGCUUCUUACGGAGAUCUCCCGUCGUCUACGUGAAGCCAACCUAAGCAUCAACCGGGAAAAAUCUCGAUUUGGGGUAGCCGAGGUUCCUUUUCUAGGUUACCUCUUAGGAACGGAAGGGUUACGCGCAAACCCAGAUAAGGUGAGGCCGAUCUUAGAUUAUGAACGGCCAACCACGGUGACGAAGCUCCGUAGGUUUCUAGGAAUGGCCAAUUAUUAUCGGCGAUUCAUCCCAGAUUUCAGCGGGGCAACUGCGGCCUUAACAGAUUUGUUGCAAACGAAAUCGAAACUGGUCCGGUGGAAUGAAGAGGCGGAAGCAGCCUUCGUUCGCAUCAAGGAACUUCUAAUUUCUUCGCCCAUUCUGGCCAGUCCAGAUUUCAGCCGCCCUUUCACCAUCCAGACCGACGCGAGCGACGUGGCAGUGGCCGGAGUAUUAACGCAGCAGCAGGAGAACGGAGAGUGUGUUAUCGCAUACUACUCCCACAAACUAACUACACCUCAAAAAAACUACCAUGCCGCCGAAAAGGAAGCAUUGGCAGCUAUGCUAACGAUAGACGCGUUGAGAGGUUACAUUGAAGGUUAUCAUUUCACUCUAAUUACCGAUUCAUCCGCUCUUACUCAUAUACUCAACGCAAAGUGGAAGGUCGGAUCUCGCUGUAGUCGGUGGGCGCUCAUUCUGCAGCAAUAUGAUAUGAGAAUAGUGCACAGGAAAGGCAAAGAAAAUGUUGUCCCUGAUGCACUUUCUCGUAGCAUUGCAGCAAUUGACGGCUCACCUACAACUUGGUACGAUUCCAUGAUGGGUAAAGUUGUGAGUAAACCGGAUGAAUUUGUCGAUUUUAGGGUCGAAAAUGGUAAUCUCUAUAAGUACAUCUCAGUACCUGACUUUCCACACGAUUCUAACUUCGAAUGGAAAUUGAUACCGCGCACAGAGGACAUCCCGAGGAUUAUUGAAGAAUCCCACAUCACGUCAUUUCAUUCGGGAUACGAGCGAACGUUAGCUCGGAUCAGGCAGCGUUUCUACUGGCCGCGAAUGGCAGCUCAAAUUCGUAAAUUUGUUAGACAAUGCACGACUUGUAAGGAGGUGAAGCCAUCUCACGUCGCCACAGUACCCGAAAUGGGGAAAAUGCGACUAGCGGAUCGACCCUGGCAAAUAAUUUCGGUCGAUUUUAUUGGUCCCCUUCCUCGAAGUCGUAAAGGUAAUCAGCAUUUGUUGGUGGUUUCGGAUUACUUCUCGAAAUGGGUUUUGGUUCAGCCUGUGAAGAAAAUCGCUAGUUCAACCAUGUGUGCGAACCCCGUAGAGAGAGUGAACCGAACCAUCAACGCUGCUAUCAGGACCUACGUCAAAGAGGAUCAGAGGCUCUGGGACACUAAAAUCGCUGAAAUAGAAAUGAUUUUGAAUACUAGUAUACACUCGCCUACUGGAUUAACACCCUACUUUAUAAUUCAUGGGCAUGAGUACGCAGAACUCGGAUUAGAUUAUCGGCUGGCUCGCCACGAUGAAAUGCUAUCGUCCGAGCAGUACGAGGAGCGGCGAAAAGCCUUAUUUACAGACAUCUACGAACUUGUCAAGAAGAAUCUUGCCAAGGCGUACGCUAGUUCAAAACGAACGUAUGAUUUGCGGCUUCGCCCGGCAAAACCUUUUGUACAAGGGCAGUUGGUGUCCAAGACUAGUAUUUUUCCAUCCCCUUUCGCAUCCGGCUUUUACGUCCUGCAUCUAACUUGUCCUGCUGUCCUCGAAAUCAUGUACUAUGACACCCUCGAUGGGUUUCGAGCGAAGGAAGGAUAG